CCCCCACAUGUCAGCUGUGUGACCUUGGGCAGCAGGGUCCUGGAACGAUGCUCAGGAAGCGUCUGAGGGAGUCGGCGGCGGAGGCCGGAGAGCCGGUCCGGGACGAGGCCCCCGCGGCAGGGGUCCCGGCCCACCGUCGACCCCAGCCCGCUCCGGAACGCAGCAUCUAUUUCACCGGAGAGAGCCGCCUGGCCCGACUGGGCAUGGACUUCUUCAACCAGCCUGCCAUCGCCCUGGCACGGGCUCUCCUGGGCCAGGUGCUGGUCCGGAGGCUCCCUGACGGGCAGGAGCUGCGCGGACGGGUGGUGGAGACGGAGGCCUACCUGGGUCCCGAGGACCGGGCCGCCCACUCCAGAGGGGGCAAGCAGACGCCGCGCAAUAAGGGCAUGUUCAUGAGCCCCGGGACGCUGUACGUCUACCUCAUCUACGGCAUGCACUUCUGCUUCAACAUCUCCAGCCAAGGGGCCGGGGCCUGCGUCCUGCUGCGGGCCCUGGAGCCGCUGGAGGGCCUGGCCGCCAUGCGGGACCACCGCCGGCUGCGCCGGCGCGGGGGGAAGGCCCUGCGCGACCGCGACCUCUGCAACGGCCCCGCCAAGCUGUGCCAGGCCCUGGCCAUCGACCGCACCUUCGACCGGCGCCAGCUGGCGGACGACGCGGCCCUCUGGAUGGAGCCCGGGGCCGAGCCGCCCGGCCCGGGGGCCGUGGUGGCCGCCGCCAGGAUCGGCGUCGAGGCCGCCGGGGACUGGGCCCUCAAGCCGCUGCGCUUCUACGUCCGCGGCCACGCCUGCGUCAGCGUGCUGGACAAAGAGGCCGAGCGCCGGCUGCCCGGGGAAUCCUAGCUGGGUGGCGGGCCUGCGACGCCCGUGGCUUUUAAGAGUUGGAACCAAU